AUGGAUUUCCCUCACAUGGGGUCGGGGAAGGAGCCCGGACCCUGGGAUGAUGCUAAGGCCUUCCUGGCCUCCUUUGAGCAAGUGGCAAAAGCCUGCCAGUGGCCCAGGGAAGAAUGGGUGGCCCGGCUCCUGCCAGCACUCAGCAGAGAAGCCCAGAAGGCCUUUGGCGGCCUGGAAGUCAGAGACAGUGAGGAUUAUGGGAAAGUGAGGGCGGCCAUCUUGCGUGGUGAAGCCAGACGCACAGAAACCCUGCGUCAGCACUUCCGGCAGUUCCGCUUCCAGGAGGUGGAAGACCCAAGACUGAUCUACAGUCAGCUGCAGGAGCUUUGCCACAGGUGGCUGAGGCCGGAGAGGCACUCGAAAGAGCAGAUCCUGGAGCUGCUGAUCCUGGAGCAGUUCCUGGCCAUCCUGCCACCGGAACUGCAGAGCUGGAUCAGGGCAGGCAGUCCUGAGAACUGCACCCAGGCUGCAGCCCUGGUAGAUGUUUUCCUAGUGAGCCAGCGAUCAGCCGAGGCAGAGAAACAGCAGGAGGGGUGGCUUCCGUCCAGAAAAGCCGAAGAGGAGCCGUUGGGCCCUGCGCGGAGCAAGAUGCACAAGGAAGCCAGGGAGACCAUCCAAGGGGAGAUGAAAUUACUCGGUAAGAUUCAUGGAGCUAUUCAGAACUCUGCAUCUUCCCUGUCGCUGGGCACCCCAAUGAUGAAGAGGCAAGCGGCAUUUCCCCUUCUAAAAUCUCCCUUCCGUUGUUACCGGGCAGGGAAACAAAAUGGCAAAGUCACUCCAUUUCACAGCUUCCUCUUGAAAAGCACCAAACGGCUGGCACUGGGCAGAUGGAGAAGUGACAUCGCAGCAUUGUUGUGUGGCGUCACGCAACCGCCACCCCCGGAAGCCCUCAGGAGUUAUGAUCCUUCAACUGCCGACACUAUUUUGUGCCUUUCUGUAAUCUUAGAAAAAAAGGAAGUGAUGUUCAUCCAGAUCCCAGAGGAAACUGAGAGACUCCCAGGCCAAGAUUUGGGUGAUGAAAAGAUAAGUCAGAUUAAAAAGGAGGACUUGCAGAUAGAAGAGACGGGCCCAGAGGAAACUCAAGAAACAACUUUGGAAGUAACUCACUGGAAUAUUCUCGGGAGAUACGAAAUUCAUAAGCAAAGAUGGGAGUCCAGUUGGCAAGAGGAGAAGAAACCGGCAAGGAGAGAGAAUGAAUGCAACCAGUACUCAGAAAGUAUAAACAAAACUAGUCCCAUCCACAGAGGGAGAAAGAAGCCCUUGUUCUCCAAGUAUGGGAGAAAAUAUCGUUACAAACCAGGAAUUGUUCUGUUACGUCCUGGCGAGAACCCCUUUGAAUGCCCCACACUAGGGGAAAACAUCCAGCAGACAGGAUGUCUUGAUAAACAUCAGAGAAUCCACAUAAGUGAGAAACGGUAUGAAAUCUCCGAGUACAGGAAAAUAGAGAGCAUGGUUGGACAUCAGGCUAACCACGUGGGAGAGAGACCUUAUCAAUGCCCUGAUUGCGGGAGACGCUUCGGUUGUAGAAUAUCAUUAGAGAAUCAUCGAGGCCUUCAUACAGAAGGCAGACCCUAUGAGUGUUCCCAUUGUGGGAAAUGGUUCAGACACAGAACAACGUUGGGGAAACAUCAGAAACUUCACACAGGAGAGAGAGCGCAUGAAUGUGUCGUGUGCGGGAAGCUCUUCAUUUCUAACGCAGCAUUAACGACACAUCAGAGAAUCCACACAGGAGAGAAGCCAUACAAAUGUCCUUCGUGUGAGAGAACCUUCACGACAAAAGGGGAACUGACAAGACACGAGAGAAUCCAUACUGGGGAGAGACCCUUUGAAUGUUCUGAGUGUGGGAAAGGUUUCAUGCGGAGAGAACAUUUGGUGACUCACCAGAGAACCCAUGCACGAAAAACGGUUCAAAUAUGCUGAAUAAAUAAAUGAAGCCACCUUGAGCUGGUGGUCCAGAGAGUCUUAUAUCAAUAACUCAGGUGUCCAA